UUUCAACUCUGCUUAUUAACAGUGUCGCAAAUAUUGUUGACUGUUCGAACAGCUGUUAGUACUGCCCACUUCGACGAGUGGGCAAUAAGCAGUUCUCUGGAAUUUCUUGAAAGAGGAACGCGCGCUGUUUGCUCAGAAACGACAAAGCCAUGGCACAGGCCCGAGUAGCAACGGCAGUAUCUUUGGAAGACCUAAUGACGGCCAAGACAACAAAUUGUGAACCUGCCCCUAUGUUGGGAGAAAACAAUUGGGAUGAAUUUUCCAUAGAAGUUCCCUGGGGAACCGUGCAAGGCAAAUGGUGGGGCUGUCGCAACAAACAGCCGAUACUGGCGCUACAUGGCUGGCAGGAUAACUGCGGCACCUUCGACAGGUUGUGUCCGCUGCUGCCCGCAGAGUACUCGGUGCUGGCUAUCGAUCUGCCGGGCCAUGGCAAUUCGUCUCACUAUCCGCAGGGCAUGCAGUACUUCAUUUUCUGGGAUGGCAUUUGCCUCAUUCGUCGCAUUGUGCGCAAGUACAACUGGAAGAACGUCAUUCUGCUGGGACAUUCCCUGGGCGGCGCACUUACCUUUAUGUACGCAGCCAGCUUCCCUAAUGAGGUGUCUAAGCUGAUCAACAUUGACAUUGCGGGACCAACAGUCCGAGGUGUACAACGUAUGGCUGAAGGCACCGGCAAGGCGUUGGACAAGUUCUUGGACUAUGAGACGCUGCCGGUAAGCAAACAGCCUUGCUAUUCCUACGAUGAGAUGGUCAAGCUGGUGCUGGACGCCUAUGACGGCUCGGUGGAUGAGCAGUCAGUGAAGAUUCUAAUGAAGCGCGGCAUGAAGCCCAACCACGAGGGAUAUUUGUUUGCUCGCGAUCUGCGGCUAAAGGUGAGCCUCCUGGGACUCUUCACGUCUGAACAAACGCUCGCCUACGCGCGGCAGAUACGCUGCAAGGUGCUCAAUAUCCGAGGAGUUCCGGGCAUGAAGUUCGAGCAAGCUGACUUCUACGCUGAGGUCAUCGAUACACUCAAACAACAUGCCCAAUCUGUGGUAUACGUGGAGGUGCCUGGAACACAUCAUCUUCAUCUCGUCACCCCAGAUCGAGUUGCUCCCCAUAUAAGUCAGUUUCUGUUGAAUAAGUAAAUAAUUUCCAUCGCAGUUAGCUAAUUUAAAUUUGUCAGAUAAUUAUGACUUGUUGGCCGCAAUUAAGUAGGAGGCUUAUAUAUCAUUAUACUGUACAUACGUAUAUAUAUGUAUACAUAUUUAAAUUAAAUAUUUAAUAUAUUUUCGUGAA